AUGUCCGAGCAACGGUGGGUCCGCCUCUCCGCCGAGGAGCCGACCAGCACCAUCUACGUGCUCGGCACGGAAAUCUCCCUGGACGUCUGCGGAUCAGCCCCUGCUGGGGCCACGGGCUUUGACGUCUGGGGGACGCCUGGCGUCAACCUUUACAUCGUCCACAACGCAGAGGUCCUGAAGAUCCCUUCCUGCGUGCCCAGAUGGCCCCUCAACGCCCGGGUGGAGGUGAUUGUCACGAUGGAUGCGCCGAGCACUGAAGUCAACGAAGACAAGGUCAGAAUUUCAUACUACAAAGAAAACGGGAAGACGUCCAUGGCCAAAGCUAUUCUCCACCUCACCUGUGUUGAAAUCUCCCUGGAUGCCGAUAUAAACCGUUCUGGAACUGUGACCCGGAGAGCGAGGAAUAAGAAAAACUGGACAUGGGGCCCCAAUGGCAAAGGAGCCAUCCUCUUGGUGAACUGUGACAAAGACGACCGGGAGGCGGACAACAUGGAUAACAAAGACCUGAUGCUGCAGUCGUUCGUGGACCUCAGGGACAUGUCCCUCAUGAUCUUGACAACGCGUGGGCCUGAUGACAUUUUCGAUGACCACCAGCUAGUUCUCCACGUCUCGGCAUCUGACGACAACAAAGUGGGUGUCUUUCAUGCUCAGGGGAAGAAGCUGAGCAAAUACAAGCAUGUCCUAGGCUCCGGCAAGCUCUCCUAUCUGGUGGAACGCUGUGGCCAGGCCGAGGACUUUUUCUACGUGGAAGGACUGGCUUUUCCUGACACUGACUUCACAGGUCUCGUGUCCUUCCACGCCACGCUGCUCGAGGCCACCACUCAGGAACUCCCCGAGGCACCGAUCUUCAGCGACACCGUGGUCUUCCGUGUUGCCCCGUGGAUCAUGACCCCCAACACCUUGCAGCCCGUGACAGUUUAUGUCUGCAGUGUGAAAGACAACGCUGAUUUCGUCACAGAUGUGAAAAAGCUCACCCAGAAAGCUGGAUGCAAGCUGGUCAUCUGUCCGGAAAUAGAGAAUAAGGGUGACCGCUGGAUCCAGGAUGAGAUGGAGUUUGGUUACGUACAGGCCCCGCAUAAGUCAUUUCCGGUGGUUUUUGAUUCCCCAAGAGACAGAGGGCUGAAGAACUUUCCGUUUAAGAAAAUUUUGGGCCCGGACUUUGGCUACGUAACCCGGGAAGCAGCCCAGGAGAAACUGUCCAGCUUGGACUCAUUUGGGAACCUUGAAGUCAGCCCUCCAGUGACCGUCAGGGGCAAGGAGUAUCCUCUGGGGCGGAUCCUCAUUGGGACUUAUUUUCCCACGGCCAAGGGUGACCAGGUUGUCAAAGACAUCCAGGACUUCCUGUAUGCCCAGGAAGUGCAGUCUCCGAUUGAACUCUACUCUGACUGGCUGUUCGUAGGUCACGUCGAUGAGUUCUUGACGUUCAUACCAGCCGGUGAUAGAAAGGGUUUCCGCCUGCUGCUGGCCAGCCCAAGCGCUUGCUUCAAGCUGCUCAAGGAGAAGAAUCAGGAGGGUUAUGGAGACGCCCUGAUGUUUGAUGGGCAGUUGGGAAAAAAACCCAUUUCAAUAAAGAAGAUCCUCUCCGACAAAUCCUUGAAAAGCUGCAACGAGUACUUCCAGAAAUGCAUCGACUGGAACCGAGACGUCCUCAAAGAAGAGCUGGACUUGACGGAGGAAGACAUCAUCGACAUCCCUCAGCUCUUUGAGAGGUCGUCUUCUUGCAAAGCCCACGCGUACUUCCCAGACCUGGUGAAUAUGAUUGUUCUGGGGAAGUAUCUGGGCAUCCCCAAGCCAUUUGGACCCAUCAUUCAUGAGCAGUGCUGCCUGGAGGCGGAGGUCCGCCGUCUGCUGGAGCCACUGGGAUUAUCCUGCACCUUCAUCGACGACUUUAAAACCUAUCAUGCCCUCUACGGAGAAAUCCACUGCGGGACAAAUACCCGCCGAAAGCCCUUCUCGUUCAAGUGGUGGAACAUGACCCCUUGA